AUGUUUUUCAUAUUUCGAAAUAGAUAUGAAAAAUGUCAAUAUGAACUUGAACAAGCAAUAAAAGAUCGUGAAGGAAUAUCAAAUAAAUUCAAAUCAAUACUUGAUCAAGUGCAUGAUUUAGAACAACAAUUAUCAGAUUUACGUAAAAAAGUUGAUAGUGAAUGUACGAAAAAAGAAAUUGCAGCGAAAAAACUUCAAGAAAUAAUAGAAUCAAAUCCAAUUCAAAAUAAUCUAUUUUUAUCUAGACCAAUUCGUAGUAGUCCCCGAUGUGAUCAUGAUCGAAAUGAACGUAAUGUUGCACGACGUCUUGAACAAGUUUUAGAAGUCGAACAUAUGAAUUAUGAAAAAUUACAAAAUGAAAAAAAUGAAGAAUUAGCAAGAUUAUGGGAAGAUAUCAAUAAAUUAAAACAUGAAUUAGAAACACGAAAAGUUGAAAUUGAAAAAUAUAAACAAAUAGUUGAAAUUCGUGAAUCAAUUGAUAAUGUUUUAUUAACAAUUGAUGACCGAGGUAUUUAA